AUGAGGCUACAAUUUCUAUGGAUAUUAGUCCUCUUGGUACAGCAAAAUGAGGCAAAUGUUUACCUACGAAUACGUCAAGGCAAUAUUGUCGAGUGGCUGGCCUCUAUACUCUUUCCGCCGACAACCACCACAACUGCACCACCAAUAAUCACCUCCACCACACAGCAACUCACAAGUCAAAGUUCAUCUUCAUCUUUGGGGACUUCUUCUACGACUACAACGCAUUCUCCACCUGCUGCAUCUACUAUCAAUAGUUUUCCCAUCGAAAGGGAUUGUCCUUUGUGUCGCUGUGGCCUGAUCAAUACCUUGCAUAAGAAAAUUAUUGGCGGUCAUGAGACGAGAAUUCAUCAAUAUCCCUGGAUGGCUGUUAUCCUGUUGCAUCAACGUUUCUAUUGCUCAGGAUCACUGAUCAGUGACCUGUAUGUCCUGACGGUGGCCCACUGCUUGGAGGGUGUGCCCCUGGAGCUGAUUACUGUGCGUUUUCUUGAACAUAAUCGGAGUGAUAGUCAUGACUUGGUUAUCGAACGUCAAGCGGCACAUGUGAAAAUCCAUGAGCUACAUAAUCCACGUAGCUUUGACAACGAUAUAGCAUUGAUUCGGCUAAAUCGUCCUUUGGAUGUGGAUAACAAGCCAUUGCGACCCAUUUGUCUGCCUGUGCGAGAUCAUAGUUUUGAUGGCGAGUUGGCCAUAGUGACAGGUUGGGGGGCCCAACGUGAGGGAGGAUUUGCCACAGAUAGUUUGCAGGAAGUGGAAGUUCUAGUGCUGACACAAAUGGAAUGCCGUUUGAAUUCCACAUAUAAAUCGGGUCAGAUUACAGAUAAUAUGAUCUGUGCGGGUUACCUGCAAAAUGGUGGACGAGAUGCCUGUAGUGGGGAUAGCGGUGGACCACUUCAUGUUCAUUUCGAUGAGCAGCCAACACAAUAUCAACUCGCCGGUCUAGUAUCCUGGGGUGAGGGUUGUGCCCGUCCCCAGGCACCAGGAGUCUACACACGUGUUAGUCAAUAUCUACGUUGGAUUGAAAGAAAUACUCCCGGCGAUUGUCUAUGUAUGCCUUAUCCCGAAGAGGAUUACUAACUACCAAGUCAGCAGA